CAGGCUGCGGUGGAUAUAAUGGAGAAGCAGGGUGGAAAGCUAGCUGAUCGUCCUCGCCUUGCUGCUGCAGAAAUUCUUACACGUGGACUAAGCAUUGGUUUGUCACACACUGGGGACAGGUUCCGUUGGAUGCGUAGAGCACUCCAUACGCAUCUCCAGCCUAAUUCAGCUGAAUCGUAUCAGCCUCUGCAGAUGUCACAAGCGAAAACUGUGAUCCUCAACAUUCUUGACGAUCCACGCAACUUUCAGCACCAUGUAGCAACUUAUGCCGUAACGACGAUCAUGGAAAUUGCAUAUGGGAAAACUACGCCCACGUCUGCAACUGGCCCCGAAGUCAGAGAAGCUCGCCAGCUCCUUAGUAGAUUUAGGACAAUCCUGCGCCACAGUCAUUACUUGGUGGACUCGGUACCAUGGCUCAAAUACAUUCCUUGGUAUGUGCCAGAAUUAAAAGACGAAUUCAAGAGGACCAGGCGACUCUACACAGACCAGCUGAACCGUGUGAAACUGCACAUGCAGAAUGAUGAGGACAUCAGUCCUUCCUUUUCAAAAUAUAUUCUAGAAAAUGGGUCUCUCUAUGACUUGACAGAGACUGAAAUGGUGUAUCUUGCUGGCACCUUUUUUGGAGCUGGAAAUGAAACGACUGCUGCGGGGAUAUGCACAGUGCUAAUGGCAGCCGCACAUUUUCCUGAAGAGCAGGCUAAAGCUCAGGCCAAGCUUGAUGCAGUCAUUGGAAGGGAGCGAGCACCGACCUUUGCCGACAAACCAUCCCUUCCUUGUUUGGAGGCCUUCAUUUCUGAGGCUUUGAGAUGGAGACCGUUGGUU